AACAAAGAGGAGAGGGGAGCGAAACAUACAAAGGGAUUCGAGCGAGCUAGGGAGCUAAUCGUCCAAAGCUUUGACCUAACCCUAGUAUCGGGGGCUCUGUGCCGUCGGAGCAGCCUCUUUGAUCAGAAGCGAGUUCAUACUAGCUCACUUGAGUCUGUUUCUUUCUGUGUUUUGCAGAAAUAAAUAAAGAGUGAUGAAGAAAACUAGGGAACAUAGCCUACACCAUAUAGUCGAUGAUAUCGGUGCUGCAUUUGGAAUGGGAGCUAUCGGAGGUUCCGUGGUCCACUUCAUAAAAGGAACACAAAGUUCCCCGAAAGGCCGUCGUUUCGUUGGGGGAGCACAAGCUGUGAGCAUGAAUGCUCCUCGUAUAGGAGGUAGUUUUGCUGUGUUCGGAGGCCUUUUCUCUGCGUUUGACUACACGAUGGUGUACAUUAGGAAGAAGGAAGAUCCGUGGAACUCUAUCGUAGCAGGUGCUGCUACAGGAGGGUUUCUGUCAAUGCGACAAGGGCUUGCUGCUGCUUCAAGAUCAGCUCUUAUGGGAGGGCUCUUGCUUGCUUUGAUCAAAGGGGUCCAUUAAUGUUAAAACAAGAUUAGCUUAUUGGAUUGUGUUUAUUGAGCUUUCUCUGCUCAAUCUUGGAACCUAUUUACUCUUUUGUUUAAAUCAUUCUACAGUAAUUCAUGUA